CUAUCGCAAGUGUUUAUGAAUUUAGUAUACCAAAUCUUUAAGAAUCUUUCCAUUGUUCUCUUAUAAAUAUUUCGGUAUUUAUUUGCCCUUAUACUUGCUGGUUCUUGUUUAUCAAUGGGGGGCACAAGGGAAAAGAUCCGUGCUUCUUCUGCUGCUAAGUUUGAUACCUUUGUGGAGAAACAACUUAGUGCUCUUCAACUUCAAUCCUUGCAAGGAUGUGAAGUUUCUCAACAAGGUUAUGAUGGGUCACCACAUUAUUAUUAUUAUGAUUAUAAGAUGAGGCAGAGUACUUAUUUGGAGGCGCUCCCGGCGCCAAUGCCUCGUCCCAACUUCCCUCUACCGUCGUGGAAAGGGAAGGUGGUUUCGAUGGCAAUGGAUCCAUGUAACUGUAAAUAUCUACUGACAAAGAUCGAAGAGGGUAACCCGGUAUAUGUUGAACUGAUUCUCUCAGAAGUGAAGGAUUCUUUAUACAUGCUCAUGACAGACCCUAUUGGUAAUGAUUUGAUUAAAAAGAUUUUUGAAGCAAGGAGAAGUAUCACUUGGCAACAGAUGGAUUUUGUUGUUUACUUGAUCAUCUCGAAUGAUCAAAAGCUUAAAGAUGUGUGCAUGGACAAUCAUGGAACUUGGGUUAUGCAAGUAAUGUUGGAGAAUAUUACAAGUCCAUUCAUGAAAGUUGUGGUUGUGUAUACCAUAAAGCGUAUCACUGCUGCAUUGAUGAAAAAUUUUAAUGGCAGUCAUGUUAUUGUACAGUGUGUGAAGCUUUUCCCUCCAGAGCUCCAAAAAAUUAUCAUGGAGGAAGUAGCAAGAAAUUGUAUUGAUAUUGCAACAGACAAAGUUGGAUGUUCAGUUAUUCAAAAAUGCUUUGACUAUAGUGCAAGAACAGCUAUACACCUGCUAGUUUUUAAAAUCAUCAUAAAUUCUAUGCUUCUAGCAGAAAGUCCAUAUGGAAACUAUGUGGUGCAAUAUGUAAUUAAAAUGGAGUUUCCGUUACCAAAUGAAAUCAUCAUACAAGUGCUUCGUGGAAAUUUUGUUAGACUUUCAAUGAACAAGUUUUCCAGCAAUGUGGUGGAAGAUCUAUUGAGAUAUUCUAACCAGAGUGGUGUUGAUGUUAUAGUUGAGGAGAUAAUAAAAAGUCCUAAUAUCUUGAAUGUUCUUCAGAAUCCCUAUGGGAAUUUUGUAGCUCAAAGAGCAUUGGAAUACACCCAGGGUCAUCUGCAUAGAAAACUUUCUCAGCUCAUUAGAUCCUAUCACACGGAACUUCAUAGCCAUCCUUAUGGAAAGAAUGUGUUGAUAAGGGCCAUGGCAAAUAUUUGAUGAAUAAUGUUUAAAGGAUUUAGGAUCGUAAGUUUGGUGAAGUUAGUGUAUGUGAUUGUUUCGUUUGUGUAAGUUGUUUUUUUUUUGGUGAAUAUUGUAUUGUGAUUGUGUAAGUAAACUCUUGUUAUAUGUUGUUGUUUAUUGUUUCAUGUAAGCCAAAAACAGCACAAUAAUUCUCCUCUUACUUGGGAGACUGAAUGUUCUUUAUGUAGCGAAAAUUGUUUGU